AUGUACGAUCAGAUCUUCAGGAUGAUUAACUUUGUGAUCUUUAUCCUGGCCGGUUGCUUUCUCAAUCAGCCGACUGUGAUGAGGGAUCCGGUGUGGUCUAAAGCUCUUGUCGGUGUGAGAGUGUUGGUCUAUACCAUGGGCUUUGCCAAAUUGCUCUACUCCCACGUGCGCGAGCUCUAUCGAUCAUCUACUCGCCAGGACUGGAAAAUCAUUUGGCGCGUUCGGGUUCCGACGUACCUGCUGAAGGGCCCUGAGAUGCUCAGUUUCAUGCUGAUGCUCAACAUGGCUUCAAUGAUGGUGGUUGAACCGAUGAUUCAUUGCUUUGGCACCUCAGAGAACUUCGCGGAGUUCCAGUGUGAGAACUGGACGGAUGACAUGAGCCUGGCAUAUGAGGUCUUCUUGGUCAUAGGGAUCUUCUUGUAUGUGUUCUUGAUCUUCGGGAUUGGCAGUAGCAUCUCCAUCGAGAUCUCGGAGUACCGCGUCCUAUGUAUGAGCGCGGUGAAGCAGGUGGCACUGUGCUUGGGUGUGGUGACCUUGGCGAUCUUCACCUUCGGUUUCGUCAUCACCGCCAUGACGCGUGAGAUCGGGAACCUUUCCAGCAACGAAUUCAUGGAUGUGGGUUCAGCCAUCAGCAAUUUGGCCCGCUUGGCCAUUGGCAUGAUGGAUACAGGCGAGCUGCGCAACAUCGCUGAAGAAAGUCCGUUUCUUCUCAUUGUCAUCUCGAUGUUCAUGCUACUGGUGUGCAGUUUCUUCUUCAACAUCCUGGUCUCGCAGUUCUGCGGUGUCUACUCUUCUUUGGCAGAAGACAGCGAAGGUCACGCUAGGCUCUCACGUGGAGAGGUGAUCCUGGACACCCUCAAGGCGGUGCAGAUGAAGCAAUGGAAGAGCUUUGUGGAUCUCUUGGCCUUGGAUCAACGCACCGACUUCGACGAAGGUGAUAUUGGACUGGCUGGAGGGGUGAAAGUCUUUGAGCCGGCCGGGGCGAAUCCGAAGACACAGGACCAGAUCAUCCGCUUUGGCGGAGCCACCGAUCCCUCGUUGCCGUGGCCAGAGAGGAAUGAUGACAACACAGAGACGACGGAGAAGAUGAUCCAACGCACGAUUGCGCAUUCCUUGAAGAAGUUGAUGAAAGGCAGCGCCAAGGGCACCGAGAGCGACCAGACCAGCAGUGUGACCAAGAACAGCUCCGUCAGCAAUCACAGCGACUGA